AUGCGGAGCGGGGGCGCGGGGGCUCGCGGCAGGGGCGCCGCGGGUGGUGGCUCCCGCGUCCGUGUCCCCGUGGGGGCCGCGGCGGGGAGGGGGGUCCGCGCCGGUCACCCGCCCCCGCUCCCCUGCGCGCCCGCCUCGCGGGCUCGCCCCGGGCUCCGGCCCCCCCCCCCCGCGUGUCCGCGCCGGCCCUGUGGCCGUGGCCGUGGCCGGGCGGGGCCCGCGGGAGGCAAAGUCCCCGAGGCCUUCCUCCCGGCCGGGGCACGUGCGGGUGGGGGCAGGGGCGCCCGCUCCCGGGGGGGCGGGGGGGGGGGCGUCUCUCCGAGUCCGUGCCCGCUCCCCCUCCCCCGCGCCCGCGCAGGAAUGCCGCCCCUCCGGCUUUUCCAGCCCGGCCGGCCCCGCCCCCCCCCCGCCCGCCGGCCCGGGCUACCUGGGGGGGAGGGCCCCUGCUCCCCGCCCCCUCCCCCCUCGGGGCGUCGGGGGGCGCCGGGGACCCUCGGGGAGGGCAGGGCCGGGCUCGGCACCUGCGGAGGGGGCGGGCGCCUCCCCGGGGGCCCGGGAUGCGGGGGCCAGGCUGCGCGCCGCCGGGCAGCCCCCACUCCCGGGCCCCCGCCGGGGCUCCCCGGUCUGCUCCCCGGGACCGGCGGGAAGGCGCCCCGCCGUCCCCCACCCAGAGCCUCGCUCACACGUCCCGGAUCCGGGCCUCCCCCGCCCGGCAGCGCCGGCUCCAGGCUCGGAGCUGCCCUGGGGGGGUCUCGGCGGCCGCCCCCGUGCGAGGGAAGGGGGCUCGCAGUGCCCACUGAGACCCCCCGCUCUGCUUCAGAUGAGCCGCCGGCCGUGCCCCCCUCCCCCCGCCCGCACUUUUCGGGGCCCUUUUCCAGCCCGAGGGCAGGGUUAGGAGGAGCCCCAGCCCCGGGGCCGCCCAAGCCGCUGGCGCCCCUUUCACGCCCUCUCCGGCCGCGGGGCUGCUCCUGCCUCGGGCCCGUCGGCCGCUCCCUCUGGGAACCCGCUCUCUGCUCCCCCGGGCUCCCGGCCUCCUGCCUCCCGGGCCUCCAGCCUCUGCGCGGAGUCCGGGGCCGGGCGGGGGCUUCCCUGGGGGAGCGGGUCACGGCCUCUGCCCGCGCCGGCUUCUUCCGCCUGGGGGCCCUUGCGCCUUGUCCCCCCCCUCCCCGCUUCCGAGCCUGGCCGGGCCCUCCUCCCGGACCCGGGCCCUCCUCCCGGACCCGGGCCCUCCUCCCGGACCCGGGCCCUCCUCCCGGACCCGGGCCCUCCUCCCGGACCCGGGCCCUCCUCCCGGACCCGGGCCCUCUGGGCAGCGGCAGAAGCUGCUGGGGACCCGCCGGCCCGGGCCUCUCUCCCGUCAGCGGCUCUCGCUCCACGCUGCGAGUUACAGAGCAGCAGCACUGCCGGGCCCUUCCCCUGGCCAGCGCCUCGGACCCGACCUGUCCCCCGGCCCAGGACGUCCCGCGGGCGCAGCCUCCGGCCCAGCCUCCCGAGCCACCCUCCGGCUGA